AUGACUGGCCGAGAAUCCAACCGCAUCAAGGACGCCGAAAAAAAACGCGUACUUGAUGAAGCCGCACGCCAACGACGCGCACGUAAGGCGCUCGAAGCACUCGAGCAGGACAAUUUCCAUGAAGAUCCACACGCUGAUUUGGUAAUGUCUAAGAAAGUGCCCAAAUUUCAAGAUGGCAUAAAAAACACCAAAGAAAAAAAAGCAAAGCGUAAAGGCGCCGAAUACUACAGGGCGAAGUAUCGAAAAAAUUUUCCACAACUAUUGGAAGAAUGCAGGCAAACUUCUUCAGAUGUGCCCAACUACUUGAACGCUUUAGCACCGCCGCCAAAUAAGCCGGCACGUCGGUUCUGCGCAGUUUGUGGAAAUUUUUCAAAAUACACCUGCACCGCUUGCGGCACUCACUACUGUUGCAUUCGUUGUCUGGGCACUCAUCAGGAUACACGUUGUCUCAAAUGGACGGCUUAAAGAUGUGGUUUAUGUUUUUAUACAGUUGCUUAAGUAGUUUAUACAAUUUAUGAUGCGUCUCCUUUUAUGAAUUAAACUGAAAAAUAGAAAGUGGUUGGAAGCAGAGUAAAAAAGAAGAAGUAAGAAAGUAAAAACCUCUUAAUGUUUUCCACGAGAUAUUUUUAAAGAGCCAUAUUUCCCUAUGUAUAAAACUUAAAAAUGAGAGCUGACGGGAAAUAAAUUUUGAAAAUUUGUCCUGUUUAUGGGCACAAUAAAGUAUGAAAUG